AUGAUUCUUGCUUGCAGUGACCAACCGUUGGGAGUAAAAGCUGCCUGGGUGAUACCGCAUCACGUGCUUCCGAAUAGCAUCGUACCCCCUGUGUACAUGUCUUGCAACACUGCUCCAACGUCUUCCACUUCACCAACUCCUAUGUUUUUUGAUCAAGUAAGAGGUAAUGUUAAUGCGGCACAUCGGACUCCAAUUUCAAAUAGUUCAAAUGACCUCUUUGUGCACGUACAAAUGGGUGAAACUCUUUCAAUUGUGAUAGGAAAUGAUGUUCAACAUAUCAGUGGUCCAGCUACUGUUCGUAUGGUAAAUCAAGCUGGUAUGUCUCCUUCUGCCCUUCCAUUACAUGUUCCACCUGGACAUAUGGUUCAACAAAUGGUUGAUGAACAGGGUAUUUUGCGUCAUCUAAUCCUGUCGCCGGAAGCUGCACCUGCAUCUCGUAUGAUGCCGGCUGGUCCGCUGACAGCAGCAGUCAGUCCGAAUGCGCCUCCACCUCAUUCGGGAGUGACAACAUCGCUUAAGUCAUAUGUUCAUAAUUCACCUUCACCACCAGUAGUGCCUCCAUAUCCGCCCCCUGCGGUACCCUAUCCUCUGCAUAAUAACACUGAAUUUGUUGAAGAUACUAUGCAUAAGAACUGGACUCCACACUCAAAGAAGUUUGCUGCAGCUCAUGUGAUUCAAGUACAGACAAACAAUACCGAAGAACUCAAACAAUGCCUCAAAAUAAUCAGCUCAAUAUUUAAAUUAAGCAACUUUAAGGAGCAGAGUCAGUCAGGCGCUUCAGUGACUGAGGAAGAAGAGUGGGAGCGACUUAAUGAAAUGCUUUCUCGGAUGCAGUCACCUCAGAUUCUUCGGGUGGCAGCAAAAGAAGCAGACAUUUCUUGGCAAGAAUUGGACACAUCUGAAGCAUCUGCACCUGGUGGACCUUUUCCGCAAAUUGAUGCAUCUGAAUUCACCUAUGAUAUUGUACUUUUUGAAAGUGUCGGACGCGUUGUUAACAGUUACAGAUGUGAGCCUGAUUCCGGGAACUGUGUACGCUUGUGUCGUCUUCGACCUAAUACUGAAUAUUAUGUGCAAUUAAAAGCUUCCUUAGAAGAACGUGGUUUGCAAGGCAGUCCAUCGACGGCAGUAAAAUUCAAAACACUGACAACUGUGCCAGAAUCUCCAAAUCCCCCACGUUUAGUUUCAUGUACACAAAAUUCAAUUACUGUUUCAUGGCGUCCAACUAUUGAUAAUGGUUCUCCUAUUACAUCAUACCGUCUAGAAUUGACACCUGAGUGUCAGCAGCAAGAGAAUUACGAGACUGUUUAUGAAGGUUUAAUGGAGCAGUUUAAAAUCAAAGGGUUGAUGGCUUCAACGCGAUAUCGGGUUCGUUUAAUUGCAACUAAUAGCGAUGGCGAUUCGCAGCCAUCUACGGCAGUUAGCAUAUGUACAUCAACUGCUUUGCAUCCACCAAGACAGCCGCACUGUCCUCAACUUGUUUCUCUAUCAUCGAAGUCAAUAAAACUUUCUUGGCCUGCUCAAUCUCAGAAUUUCUAUACGCUGGAAAUGUGUGAUAAUCAAAAGAAGGAGUAUACAGUUGUAUGCAGACGUGCUCAGUUAUCUUCAGCAAGCAUCAACGACCUUAUUAGUAAUCAUCAGUAUAGCUUUCGUUUGAUUGCUCACAACGAUGCGGGUGACAGUGAGCCAUCUGAAGCGCUCAUUAUACGAACUCCAUCUUCGGUACCAAGUGUAACUGCUUCACCUCCUGCUGUACCUUCACGACCACAUAUUAUUUCGAAUAGUGAAUCACACCUUGAAAUUGGUUGGAAAUCAAGUCGGGCAAACGGAAAUGAAUUAGUUUAUGUAGUGGAAGGAAGUGUAGACGAAAUGAGCUGGAAUGUUGUUUACAAAGGUGUAUCGAGCAGUGUUCAGAUUCGGGAUUCCGAAAUGCGUGCCUUCAGGGUAGCUGCUUUAAGGAAACAGUUGCAGAGCGAAUGGAGCGAUAUUUUGCGUGUUCGACGAGAAGAGAAACAACGUGCAGUAUCGGUUCCGGGACAGUGUGCUGCACCAAGUAUUACAGAAGUCUGCAAAGGUUGUCUGCGUAUUCAGUGGAGUCCACCUGAGAAUGCUUCCUCAUCUCUGAUUUACCAAGUUCAUCGUGUCAAUUUGCAACCUUCUAGUAUUAUUUAUCAAGGUGAAGCAACAAUGUUUGAUGUGUCAAACUGUGUGCCGGGUGAAGAAAUGGAAGUACAAGUACGUGCGGUUCGUGUUUCAUUUGAUGGUACGCGUUUGGAAGGUGAAUGGAGUAGAGUGGCAGUAGGACGAACAGCCCCGCAACCACCGUCACCGCCGGUUGACGUGCACGUAGAUAGCAAUAAUGUGCUACACUGGUCACCUCCUAAUAGCAGCAAUGGAGCUGCAAUCACUGAAUACAUUAUUGAGAGAAUUCUUGUACAUUCUUCGUCUCCAUCUACCAAGUUGGAAGAGGAUAACGACCAAAGUACCAGUGGAGAAAGCACUGGAUGGAUGAUUAAGCGUGAGAGCGCAGAAGUAACGAGCGUGAGUGUUGCUGAGGGUCAGCCUGGAUGCAAGUAUCAACUGAGUGUAUCUGCAGUGAAUAGUGGCGGAACAAGUCUUCCCAGCGAGUGCAUUUAUCUAUCCAUACCAUCACGAACACCUGGCGCUCCUUUUAAUUUUCAAGCACUUCCCCAAGGUUGUCGACAGCUUCAAGCAUCUUGGCGUGCAGCUUGCUGUAAUGGAAGCGAAAUUUCGGCUUAUAGAGUUUGUGUGCUUGAAGACUGCAGCGGUAGUGAAGUCCGCUUACUACAGUUACCGGCUUUAGCGUCUGAGUGUAUUAUUGAUUCAUUAGAAGCGGGUCGUACGUACAGGUUGUCAGUAUGUGCUGUAAAUGCUAUUGGCAUAGGUGAUUUGUCGUGGGCAACAGCUACAACAUUAGCACCUCCACCACAACCUCCAACUUUGCUUUGUUCGGAAGCUGGACCAAAUUACUUGAAACUAAAAUGGAAACCAUCUGGCAACGCUUUGACACUUAGCGCUGCGCAGUAUUACUAUUAUUUAGAGAAAGAAAACGAUAAUGGCAAAUUUUCGCCUAUUUAUGAAGGUGACAAUCGUUAUGCAAAAGUAAGAAAUCUGAGUGAAAGUACAAAAUAUCGUUUCCGUAUUCGUUGUUCAUCACGGGUUUCCGGAGCUGGUCCAUGGUCUUUGCCAUUUGAAUUUUCUACUGAGCAACUACCACCACCAGCAAUACGUUCUGCACCUACAGUAACUGAAGUUGCUUCGGGUUCUUUUCAAGUGGAAUGGACUCCGGUUCGUUCUUCAUUGGCCAAUGGGAAAGAGUCUUUGUUGUAUCGUCUUCAGGUUGCAUCCAGAAGUUCUGCUGAGCGUUCGAAUAAUGUCUGGAAAACAGCAUAUGAAGGUGUAUCUACUUCGUAUUCGCUUUCCACUAGUGAAAGUGUUCAGCUUCGUGUACAGUGUGUUCGAAUCAAGGAUGGAAAUGAAAGUGUUUCAGCUCCUUCAGCUAUUCAAUUUGCGACUCCUUCUCUGGCAAUAACGCAUCGAAAAAAAACUCUUGAAGGGACUACACAGGACGUGUUAGCUAUUCAGGCAGAGGAUAUUACUAAUGUUCAAUGGAUACAAUAUCACAUAUUGUCUGAUAAACACUACGCAUUUGUUAUUUUGGUCAGCAUGAAUUUUCAUUUCCAGUUUAUAAUGCUCAAACUAAUAUAUUCUUAA